AUGGCAUCUCUGCGUGACUUACUCCUGGCCGUCAUCAAAUCGCUUUUCCGAGGCCGAUCAUUUCUCCAAGCUUUGUUAGCUUUCUGGACAACCUCGACUGAGUCCUCACCAACCCUACGUGAACCACCCAGCAAGGAUGGCUCAACCUCUAUCAGCGAUUUCCUCGCAAAAGCCGAGAGUUUGCUUUUGGAUCCUACUCAACCAAACAAGCGUAGAGCUCUGUCUCAAAAGCUGAAGCUUGAGUUUCGUGAGGGCCUCCUCUCAAAUCCGGCUUGCAUGCUUCCAUCGUACCAUACCGAGCUUCCCACGGGAGAUGAGUCGGGUCAAUAUCUGGCUGUUGACGUUGGGGGCUCAACCUUGCGAGUUGCUCUGGUGGACCUCAAGGGCAGAGGUUCUUCAGGAGGUCCAGAGAGCGUCAUCGUCAGCAUUGACACCUUCAAUAUCGACAAUGAUAUCAGAGCAUUGAAGGGCAGAGCCUUUUUUGACUGGAUGGCUGAGAAAAUCUACCAAACUGUGGCAAAAGACAGCAGGCAGGGUCACUGUGCUGAUGACCCGUUAUUGCUUGGGCUGUCGUGGAGCUUUCCAAUUGAGUAUGCCAUUCCUCCUCGUAUAAUGUCUAUCCAUCCUCUCAAACAUACCCAAUGCUAA